GCAUCAUAUGAAUUCACUUUUUUGGAGAGCGAUGUCACUAAAGUUAUGACAUUAACGAUUUAGUGCUGUUUAAUGAAGAUGAUAGGCCUGUGACAAGAUCGUAUGUGGCCACAUCUGGACUGUAGUCUUUCCUGCACUUCCUCCUCGCCAGUCCGGAGUGGCACGGCUCGGCCAGUCAAAAAGCACGUGAGUGCAUAUGCGCAGCCAGCCUGCAGUAUACGGUUUGACCACAGAAUGGCAGCACGUGUAAACACAUGGAAUCUUACACAACCUAUUACCAAACGCUGAAGGCGAGUUCUGUAACAUGUCGCACCCACUCUCCAUGAUACUCCUGUCCCGCUGAAGCUUGUCCGUUGAAAUCACAAAGUUAAGCCCUGUGUGUAAAAGCAUGGAAAUGCACUGACAGGGACUGUCUAUAUGGUGUUCUGAGACACCAAGAAACGGCUGUUACAUCACUGAGACAACAAUGAAGUCCAUCGCCUGUAUCUCCUCGUCUGUCAGAGCGGCGUGUCAGCAGACCUCGGCUUGUUUUCCUCUAAAUCAUGGUCUACUUCUUUGCAGUCCAGUGGGCAGAUGCUCUAAUGUGGAUUUUGCCAGCAAAAUUGUAGUUGCGCAACAACCGUGCGUAACCGGUGUGCGUACUUUCCAUGGUACGAACGUCAACACAGCAGUGGUCCAGCAGGUGAGUGCAGCCCCUCUCCCUACCCCGGUGCCCAUACCAGGGAAAAGAGAGGAUGAACUGACCAUGUACCAGCUUGGCAGACGCAUGCCACAUGCAAGACCAGCCCCACACAUCUCUCCAUACAGCCCAUACACCAAACCACAGAGCAAUGCAGCUGCACCAGUCAAUAUCCAGUCUCUGUUUGAAGGGGAGGUGAUCCCCGAGCUGUGCUCCAGACUGGCAGACUUCUCCAGCAAUGACAGGGCAGAGGGACUGGCCACUUUACUUGGAGCAUGUGUUGAAUUUGGCUUGGAGGUCCACAGCCCUCUAGUCCUCAGACUGAUAAAUGAGUCCCUGGAGCUCGUCUCCAACAGGGACAUCGGGGUGGCACAGCUCUGCCACCUGGGUGAGAUGGCACACGCCCUGGAAGGCCGCCAGUCAGCCAUGGUGACAAAGGUCCUGGACUCUAUAGGUGCUACUUUAGAAGAGGAUGUGGUCUCUCCCAGCGAGGCUGCCAGAGUCUACUCCCUGCUGGCUCUGUGUUACGAUCCUGCCAGCCAGCAGCAGGCAUUCAUGCUGUCCACUUUGCACAGACACACACAGAGGCUGGUUCACCGGCUGAAAGCUAGUCAAGUCAGCGAUAUACUGCAGUCCCUGUUGACGUUACAGCAGAGACAGGCCAUUUCCCUGGUGCUGAGGCUGAGUCACAGAGCAUCGCGGGUCUUUAAAGCUUUUAGUGACAAUGCAGUAAUUAAGGUGCUCUCUGCGCUGAUGAAUCUGGGACAGCAUGAUGAAGAGCUCCUGGCUGCUAUGGAGAAACACCUACCAGGGAGGCUGGGGAAGUGUGAUCCGGAGCUGAUCAGCACCGUCAUGGAGUACUGUCUGCAAAUGAAGUGCCGCUCUGAGCCAAUCUUCGAGGCCGCGGCUGAAAACUUUGUAUGCCAUGCUGAGAGGCACACCACCCUUCAGAUAGCCAAACAGAUUGUUGCCAUGGGGAGACUCAACUAUCUGCCACAGUGCUCCAGUCAGAUGUUUAAGAAGCUGGAGAGCAUUUUGUCGACAAGGUUUUCCCAGUUCCAGCCUCGCUCCCUGAUAGAGGUGUUGCACGCCUGCAUCCACCUGGAACGCUUCCCACUCAACUACAUGUCCAAAGUCUUCAGCCCGUACUUCCUACAGAGGCUGCAAGCACAGGGGGAGCCACUGGACACAAAGGCACUGGGACAACUGACACAGCUCCAUCUCUCCACCUCAUUAGAGUGCACUUACUACUGGGGUCCCAGACUGCCCUACUUCCUCCAUGUGAAGAGGUUUUCCUCUGUGGACCAGGCCUUUGAGAUACCAAUGGAGAGUCUCUUGUACAAAGAGGUCAAAGGGCCACUUACACAGCUGCUGGGGGGGAAGUUUUACUCCACCAGAAUCAUUACUCACAGUGGAUAUACUAUAGAUGUGGAAAUAUGCCUGGAUGAGACGGGAUGUGUUUUGCCUCUGUCUCAGUGGGAUCACACUUACAGAAGGAUGGUACUGUGUUUGGAUGGUCAAAACCGUUUCUGCAGGAACACACAGCACCUGCUGGGGAAGGAAGCCACUAAAAGGAGACACCUCCGCAGGAUGGGCUAUGAGUUGGUGCAGAUCCCUUACUUUGAAUUUGAGAAGCUGAGAACUCAGGAGGAACAGGUCCAGUAUCUUCACAACAAGAUAUUUUCCACCAUCUUCAAGUUUAGUCACUGAUCUUAGUCGACUAAGUUCAACCAAAGAUUCCUCAGUGACUUUUAUUGGUUGAUCCUUAUGUUGCUGCGCAAAUAAACCAACCUUCCAAUAAAUUGUAUGGACAUUUAGCUGAGUGAUGCACUCUUGGUUUGUGCAAUUCGAAGAAGAUACAAGAUGUGGCAGAAAAUGGACAGCAGUUUUGUCUGUGAUAUUUAGCUUCAGCACAUACAUAUCCAAAUGGGAGGAUACUAAUCUGACUGUUUGGAAAUAAAGCAGAAUAAAACAUUUCACAGGCAUAUGAUGUGCCCAAUAACCAAGGCAUAAGUUACUUUAAAAUAAAUAUAUGACUGCUCUGGCA